UUUGCUGGAGAAUAUAUUCAGGGAUUCCCCUUAAUAAUCACCUACCCUCUGAGCACUUUGUACUUUUAAAAUAAUAAAAAGCCCCCCGAAGCUUUCUCCCCCACAAAAGCAGGAUCUCCUCAGAGCCAGGGGGGCAGCAGCUGCUCAGCACAGAGCCCGAGCCCAUUCCCGGUCCCUCUGCUGGGGAGGAAACUCUGAUCUGUCAGCCCAGCAGAGGGAAAGGGGGGAGAGGCGAGAGAGGAGAAAAAAAAAGCAGCUGGAAAGACAAUCUGCUUCAUCUGACUCGUCAUCAUUCCAGGAUAGUGGUCUCCUUGGGGCUCUCUCCUAACAUUGAUAUGGUACAGAAGAUUUAAAAUCAGCUGAUGUUCACAAGGAAUAGAGUCACGUGAUGUAUGAAGGCAAACACAUACACUUCUCUGAGGUUGACAAUAAGCCCUUGUGCUCAUAUAGCCCCAAACUGUGCAAGCAGAGGCGACUUAACGGCUACGCCUUCUGUAUCAGACACGUUCUGGAGGACAAGACUGCCCCCUUCAAGCAAUGUGAAUAUGUGGCCAAGUAUAACAGCCAACGCUGCACCAACCCUAUCCCCAAAUCUGAGGACCGUAGGUACUGCAACAGCCACCUACAGGUACUUGGCUUUAUACCUAAAAAGGAGAGGAAGAAAAAGAAUGAUCCAAUAGAGGAAGUGAAGGUCAGGCACCAGAUGGAUGCUAUGGCCUUCAGUCUGACAGUGCCCACGCUGGCCUUGAAGAUGUCCAAUGGACUGGAUGGGAUGUCCCUCUCUCCACCCGGGGCUAGGCUUCCUCUCCACUACCUGGAAGCAGAGUUAGAAGAUCCCUUUGCUUUCAAUGAGGAGGAUGAUGACUUAAAGAAAGGGGCAACAGUGAGGAAAAAGUUGCAGAGCAAGUUGGCCCAAAACCGGCAGCGCCAGAGAGAAACAGAGAUUUUAAAAGUUCACCAAGAGCACUUUAGCCCCCUUCCUGCACCUUUGCAGCAGCAGCCACUGCAGCAGCAGCAGCACUCCCAUCUGCCACCUUUAUCAACUUCUUUAAAGCCGACAGGGCUAUCGCAGGGCUUAGUCUGCAAGUCACCUCAACCUCAGAACACCAGCCUACCAAUGCAGGGAGUGGCACCCACCACACACACUAUAGCACAAGCAAGGCAGAUGUCUAACAAGAGACCCCUGCCUCUCCUGCCACCCACCAGGGCUCCUGUCAUGGACCCACCAAGGACUGAUCGGGUCCUCAUGAAAGCCACAGCCUUUUCUCCACACUCAUCCUGCGUGAGCCGGCUACAGAGACUGGUGAAACUGUGCACUCGAAAACAGCAGCUGGAAACGGAUCUGUUUCCGCAUUUAGGGCUGGACUGGUCUGAAGACAGUGGAGAAGAGUUGGAGGAUUCAGAGCAAACGUCACCAUACCAGGUUGCAUGGUCUAUCCGGGAAACUCUCAGAUAUGAAAGACAUGAGUCAGAUGAUGAUGAUGCAGAUAGCAGGAGUUCCAGGGUGACCCAACUUUGCACUUACUUUCAGCAGAAAUAUAAGCACCUCUGCCGCCUGGAGCGGGCAGAAUCUCGUCAAAAGAAAUGCCGGCAUACGCUCCGGAAAGCUUUGCUGCAUGCGGCCAGCAGAGAGCCGGAAUGUGCUGGGCAACUGAUACAGGAACUCCGAAGAGCUACAUGCACUUGGACCAGCACAAGCCAAGCCAAGCAGAGAGAUGCAGAACCAACAACGUGUAGUGGAACUGUGAAGGGUGAACAGUGCACUAACAAGGCCCUUCCAUUCACCAGGCAUUGUUUUCAACAUAUCCUAUUGAACCGUUCUCAGCAGCUCUUCUCAAGUUGCACAGCCAAGUUUGCAGAUGGGCAGCAGUGCUCUGUGCCAGUUUUUGACAUUACACAUCAGACACCUCUGUGUGAAGAACAUGCCAAAAAAAUGGAUAAUUUCUUGAGAGGGGACAGCUCCCGUAAAGUUCAGCACCAGCAGCAGAGGAAACCCAGGAAAAAAACGAAGCCACCUGCACUUACCAAAAAACACAAGAAGAAGAGAAGGAGGGGACCACGUAGGCCCCAGAAACCUAUUCCUCCUGCAGUGCCCCAAGGGAACCUCAGUAUGCCCACCAGCAUCUCACUGCCAGUGGAGAUCUCCCACAUACGGAGCCCCUCCACGCCAGAGUUGAGUACAGAUGAGCUGCCCGAUGACAUCGCCAAUGAAAUCACAGACAUUCCACAUGACUUGGAAUUGAAUCAGGAGGACUUUUCUGAUGUCCUACCACGGCUGCCUGAUGACUUGCAAGAUUUUGAUUUCUUUGAAGGUAAAAAUGGAGACCUCCUUCCUACGACAGAAGAGGCGGAGGAACUGGAACGGGCUCUGCAGGCUGUAACUUCUCUUGAGUGCCUGAGUACCAUUGGAGUACUUACACAGACAGACGGUGUGCCAGUUCAGGAGCUAUCAGAUAGAGGGAUAGGGGUAUUCACCACAGGUGCUGGAGCUCCAGGAAUGCAGUCCUUGAGCAGAGAGGUUAACACGGACUUGGGGGAGCUGUUGAAUGGGCGUAUAGUACAUGAUAAUUUCUCCAGUCUGGAGCUGGAUGAGAACUUGCUCCGUUCUGCUACCUUGUCUAACCCACCUACGCCCCUGGCAGGGCAGAUCCAGGGGCAAUUCUCUGCCCCAGCCAACGUUGGCCUUACUUCUGCCACUCUGAUAAGCCAGAGUGGACUUGGGGAGAGAGCCUUCCCAGGACAGUUUCAUGGACUUCAUGAUGGCAGCCAUGCCUCCCAGAGGCCACACUCUGCCCAGCUGCUGAGCAAGGCAGAUGACCUAAUCACCUCACGACAGCAAUACAGCAGUGACCAUUCGCACUCCUCACCCCAUGGAAGCCAUUACGAUAGUGAGCAUGUGCCGUCUCCCUACAGCGACCAUAUCACAUCCCCCCAUGCCACAUCCUAUUCUGGUGAUACCUUGGCAGCUACCUUCUCAGCAGAGAUGCCCAUGAUGGCACAGCACUUGCUCCCACCGCAGCUGGAGGUGCCACUUAGCGGGGUGGUGAACCCCAGAACUCACUGGGGAAAUCUCCCUGUCAAUCUUGGUGACCCCUCUCCGUUUAGCAACCUUCUUGGUGCCGAUGGACACCUUCUUUCCACCUCCCUGUCCACACCACCUACCACCUCGCACUCAGAGACCACACAGCCUGCCUUCGCCACUGUGACCCCCAACAGCUCCAGUGUGCUUCCGGGGUUACCGCAGACCAGUUUUAGUGGCAUGGGUCCUGCCUCUGCUGAACUAAUGGCCUCCACUUCCCCCAAACAGCAACUCCCUCAGUUCAGCGCAGCCUUUGGCCAUCAGCUGAGCUCACACAGUGGCAUUCCUAAGGACCUGCAGCCCAGCCACAGCUCCAUAGCUCCUCCCACAGGCUUCACAGUAACAGGUGCCACAGCUACUAGUACCAAUAAUGCAUCUGCUCCCUUCACCACCUCUAACUGAGCUGAUCUGUCUGUAUUUGCAGGCAGAUGGGGACCCUGUGUUUUCUAUCUUCUUUUUCCUCUUUAUUGUCCUCCCCUUCCUUUGAAGAGGGUUUUUUUUGUUUUGUUUUCUUUUUUAAAAGAGGAGGUUCAAUAAACCUCCUGCUUCCGUACAGACCAGGUGGCCCCUCAGUGAACCUCGCUCUGGUGUUCACAUGUGCUGUUUAUGCACUGGUGCUCAUUUAUUACUGGCAGGUUCACCAGACCCCAAAAAUGUCCUUAAGGAUACAGCACAGUUACUGGAUGUAAUUGACCUUAGCAGUAAGACCUAGAAAUGGGACGAUACCUCAAAUUACCAAUGCACGUUACUGUUUCCUAGGGUUAAGAUCAGUGCUUUCCAUCCCAUUAGCAUGUCAUGUAGGAAGUUUUUAUAGUGGGGAAAAGUCUCUUGGUUUUAAAAAAAUAAAAAAGGUAGCAUCUGGGCAUGGAAAGUUGGCUCCACACUCGGGUUUUGUAAUGGUUCACCAAAGCACUCAAGACCAUGGUUCAAUUAUUCAUUUGACAACUCCUUUAAAAUAGUCUUUUGACCUCCUCUGUGGGCGUGUGUGUGUUUGAGGGAGCAGCAGUUCCUUGUAAUCUGCUGCUGAGUCAACCGUAGUUGUGUCCCCGUCCGAAAUUGGUCACUGUUCCUACUGAAUGUUGAUUUAUUUUCUUUAUUUUCGGUUCAUUGAGCAGAGAGGGGAUUGACUGACUAGGGCGAAUAGGUUUUACCUGUUUGCCCAGGGCACUGAGGGUUGUUGCUGUUUCAAAGGUCAGCCCAGGGAGAAAAGACAAGAAAAUGGAAAGAUUGGAAUAACGGUCUAGUCAAGACUCGUGCAGAAAUUCCCACCAGUGCUGAAUUACUGUGGUGUUGUAGUGUUGAUGAUUUGCCUUUUCAAAUGUGGCUUUGUCCAGAACUCUGCGCAGCAGGUGUUUCCUAGCUGAAACUGGAAGAAUUCUAUUGGUAUGUAUCCGAAUGCUGCCCAUUCAAACAAAUCUACGUCAGGCCCCUGGGGUAAAUUUAAAAUGACUGAACUUCUCAAACUAUCUGUUGCUGUUGAGACUCUUUCUAUAAUAGUCGUGAUUUUGUACCAGGAGCCAUACGGUUUUUGAGACACUUGUGAGACUGAUGCCCUGUAUGUGAAGUUGAAUGUAUGUGGGAACCAGCGGGUACAUAUUUGUGGUUACCAAAACCAAACUUACUUAGGCAAAAUAGGGAAAAUCCUUCUAUCCACAACACCUUAUUGCUUUUAUUGCCCGUUUGCUGAAAAUGGUUUUAAGACUCCUUGGUCAUAAUGUCAGUGUCUUAUAAAGGCAGUGGAUUCCUCUUGUAUCUGUUUCUUCCCUAAAGAAGAAUAACAAAAUCACAAAGAGUUUGCUUGAAUCAUUUAAUCUCCCUCUUCUCCCUUCCCUCCCUGUCCCAAAAAAGGGAAUGUGCUUGAGAAAAUUGUGACUUUAUAACUAGCCACUAUGUGAAAGUAAUUCCUACCUGAUGGUUAUAAAAAGUCUCCAUUGUUUGGUUUGCUUCUAAGAUGCAUAUGAGAGAAGAUGAGAAAGCAAAGCAAAUCUUUCUCUCCUCAUGUUGAAGGCAGUUUCAUUAUGAGGGUUAAUAAUUUCUUUGAGCAAGGGAUUAUUCAACUGAGUUCAGUUAUUCCCUAGUAUGUAGAGAGUAAUAGAUCUUCCCUCAAUGUAGGUAUUCUGUUCAUGUGAGUGAUGAUGGGGCCCAAACUCUCUGCUCCCAGACUUCCUGAGGGUAGGGAUUGAGAUCUGGAUCCAAACUUCCUGGGUGCGGCCCAUCUCGGGUUUAUAUCUCACUAGUUAUAGCCAUUCCCGUCUUUAUAAAAACUUUGUCCCUUUUUUAAUUGUAAAGGAAUAAGCCCUUUGGGUACAUCCCUUGCUGAAAUUGCAAGCAUAUGUGGCGGGGGGGACACAUUCAUUUUCAGGUUUUUGAUAUUGGGAAAUCCUUAUUCCCAUACCUGGUAAAACGAGACUUAAUAUUCUAACAAAUCCCAGUGUUCUUAAGUGUGGUCUAAGUUUGUCUGUAACUGAUUUAAAUGUUUUCAAAUCAUGUCAUAAGUUGAAAUGAGGCUUAACAAACCCCACUGUAUUGUCCCACUGAUAUUGUGAAAUGAGGAAAAGCCGAUAGGAAUUUUUUUUUUUAAUUCUGUUCUCUCCCCUCCCCGCAUGCUUGUGAGGAGACAAAUGUUUGGUUUGCAUUAUUUUCCAUUGUGUUAAUAUACUUUCUUUAGUGUAUUGAGAUGAUUGAUUGAAAAAGAAGGGUGAACUACUUCGCCAAAUAGGUAAAUGAUCAAUUGUUAAAUCUACCAGUAUUAAAUGUCAUGUGACAGUAUGUUCUACAGAUUAGUUUGAGGGUUUUGAUUUAUGAAAUAUUUCUGACGCUCAUCAAAAUUUGUAAUGGAACAGCAGCCUGUUCUCUUCUUCCCACACAUUCAUCACUUCCCUUUACCUACCAGUAGAGAAAACGCUUGGGCCCAAUUUCUGAUCUCAGUUACAUCCGUGUAAAUCAUGGAGUAAUUCUCUUAGCCAGAUGAGUUACGAGGGAUUUACGCCAGUGUAACUCAGAACAGAAUCUGGCUCUUAAUCUGAUCAUUUAUUUAGGCUGGGAUUUUCCAAGAUGCCCAAGAGAAUGUAGGUGCAUAAUUCCUAUUUGAAAUCAGAUUCCCAUAAGGCAACUUCGGAAGUCUCACCCUU